UGCUUUUGGUUUUCAACUCAAGUUAAGAUUUUUCAGUUUUACUAUCCGAUUCCAAUUUAAGUUAAAGUCAUGUUGGAAAGUUCAGUUUUCCUGGAAAACAGUGGCGGUGGAGCUAGUGGUGGCUCGGCCUCAGAUGCGGCGGCGGUUGAAUUCGGAAAUGAAGGCGGCGGCGGCGAAGAAGAAGGUAGCCGGAAUUCAGGCGGGAAGCGGUGGCCGCGUGAGGAAACAUUAGCUUUACUGAAGAUAAGGUCUGAAAUGGACACAGCUUUUCGUGACUCCAAUCUUAAAGCUCCUCUUUGGGAUGAAGUUUCCAGGAAACUAGGUGAGCUUGGAUACAACCGAAACGCCAAGAAAUGCAAAGAGAAGUUCGAAAACAUAUACAAGUACCACAAGAGAACCAAAGAUGGAAGAUCCAUUCGGCACAAGGGCAAAAACUACAAAUUCUUCGAUCAAUUAGAGCUUCUAGACUCCCAAUUCUCUGUCCCAUCAACUCCCCUGAGCCAAAUACCCUCGUACGCAACAGAAAUGACACAAAUCGCAACGACCCUUUUGCCAAAACCCGUAACCAAUUUAUUUCAAGAUUUUACGAUACAGUCCGAAUUAAUGUCGGACUCCACAUCGACAUCUUCUUCAUCCGGAAAAGACUCACAAGGGAGUUCGAAGAAGAAGAAGAAGAAGAAGAAGAGGAAGCUAGAAGAUUAUCUAGAGGGUUUGGUGAAAGAUAUUUUGGAGAAGCAAGGAGAAAUGCAGAACAAAUUUUUAGAAGCCGUCGAAAAGAGCCAGAACGAUCGGAUGGCCAGAACAGAAGCUUGGUUGUCGCAAGAAAUGGCUACUAUAAAAAGAGAACGGCAAAUUCUAGCCCAAGAGAGAUCGACUGCGUCGGCAAAGGAUGCAUAUGUUCUUGAUUUCUUGAAGAAAAUUACUCACCAGGAUCUCCCAAUUACACACAUUUCGGAAAUUCUCGAUCCGUUAUUCAACAACAAACCUUGCGACAAUAACGAACAAGAGAAUGCUAUUGUUAAUGUUAAUAGCAUCGGCGAGAAGAAUAGUAGUAGUGUUCAAACGAGUUCUUCGAGAUGGCCGAAAGCGGAAGUGGAGUCUUUGAUAUUGCUGAAAACGGAUCUUGAUAUGCAGUACGAAGAAAAUGGGCCAAAGGGGCCUUUGUGGGAGGAGAUUUCGGCUUGUAUGAAGAAGCUCGGUUUUGAGAGAAGUGCUAAGAGGUGUAAAGAAAAAUGGGAGAAUAUAAAUAAGUACUACAAGAGAGUGAAAGACGGUAAUAAGAAGAGGCCACAAGACUCGAAGACGUGCCCUUAUUUUAGCAUGCUCGAGUCAAUCUACGCAAACAAGUCGAAGAAAGCUCGAAAUAAUGAUAAUAAUAAUAACACAGAUGUUAGUGGCGGUGGUUGUAAUUUGAAGCCGGAACAGAUAUUAAUGCAAAUGAUGGGACAAGUGCAACAGCAAAAUCAAGAACAGUUAAUAAGGGGAGAAUACGACGAUGGUGACAGCGAUCGACAAGAACAAGAAGAUGAUGAUGUCAGCGGUUGUGAUGGUUAUCAGGUAGUUGCUGCUAAUAAUAAUAAUAUGUCCUAAAAUAAAUGAGGAAUAAUACCCUUGGCCUGAGGAAACGAUUCUUGUGUUAUCGGUUGGUUUCGAGUUUAAUGUUGUUGCUAGUAAUGAAUAGAUAUGUCACUGAGUAAUUGAUUGUGUUUCAAUAAAGGUGGGUUGGAUAAGUUUAUUAUUUAUAGGGUUGAAGGAGUUUUGGCAGUACUAUUUCUUUCAUUUUUUGUUGUUACAUUCAGACCUGCUUCAAUAUUGGUGUUGUUGUUUUGAUUCUUUUAAA